CACAAUGUUCAAGACUAUAUUAACACCUAUGCAAUAAAUCAAGAAUUUGCAACAAGACUUUGUUAUUCAGAAAGGGUUAUGAACUUUAUAACUAGAGCAGAUAUCAUUUGUCACUAUGCUAGUGCUACAAGUAAUGCAAAUUCUGCUGCAAUUAUGUUUGAUCCUAGUCAUCGUAGGCUAAGUCAUAAUAAAAAUAUGCAUAUUCAAAUGCUCUAUGAUAGUGGUGUACUAGUGCCAAUAAUUGUCAACAUGCUAACUGAACAAUACAAUAGAUAUAUACAUAAUAAAGAUGUAUAUAACUCUUUAAAUUAUCAGUUUCAUGAUUACGUAAAUAGUUUGUCUCAAACUACAGAAUUGUUGAAUAAUCUGAAUAAUAAUAAUAAAUAUUUGGUCACUUAUUUACUUAAUAAUGAAAAACUUCAUUGCUUAUUUUUUGCUACUCAUGCUGUACUUUCUACCUUUAACUAUUAUCUAGAAAUUUUAUUAAUGGAUUCAAC